CCGGCCUGCUGCUGCAGAAUCACCUUUGUUACUCCACUCGUGCUUUGAGAAUCUUUAUUGGCCUUUGCAAAUUAUCAUCAACGCAGAAAAGAUGAGGACAAAUUUCAUUUUGUUGGGUCUGCUCUCUAUCUGCAGAUUCUCCAUCAGUCAAGAAUGUAGACGGGAGCUCUUGGAGAACAUGGAUUUUCCGGGAACAGACAUAAAAUUUGUCUACUCUCCUGAUGCUGAGCACUGUCAGCAACUUUGCACCGAGCACCCCUCCUGCCUCUUCUUCACUUUUGUUCGGCCUGACUGGACCAGAGAUAACAGGUGUCAGAGUUCACUCUAAAACCAUGGCCAAGGACAUGACUCUGCUGUGGGGCUCCGGCUCUCCUCCCUGCUGGAGAGUGAUGAUCGCUCUGGAGGAGAAAAACCUGCAGGGCUACAACCAAAAACUGCUCUCCUUUGAGAAAAUGGAGCACAAAUCAAAGGAAGUCAUGGAAAUGAACCCCAGGGGGCAGCUGCCUGCCUUCAAACACGGAGACAGAAUUUUGAACGAGUCCUUUGCUGCGUGCCUGUACCUGGAGAACCAGUUCCCGUCCCAGGGAAACAAGCUGCUCCCUGACUGUCCUGCUCAGCUAGCAAUGACGUACCAGCGCAUGUUUGAGGUUCUCACGCUCCACCAGAAAAUGUUGGACGCUCUCUUCUACAACCGGAUGGUCCCAGAGGGAGAGAGACAUGAUUCUGCUGUGAAGAGAAAUAGAGAGUCUCUGACUGCUGAGAUCAAGAUGUGGGAAGGAUACCUGCAGAAGACACCGGGGGGUUUCCUGGCAGGAAAGAACUUUACGAUGGCUGAUGUGACUUUUUAUCCAAUCAUCUCAUUUCUGUUCCGAUUUGGGUUAUGUGAGGAGCGUUAUCCGAAACUGGCAGCUUACUAUAACCUUCUUAAGGACAGACCCAGCAUCAAAGCCACCUGGCCUCCUCUCUGGCUGAGCAACCCACAGGGUCAAGACACACUGAAAGACAUCUGAGAUGCUGACACACUGUAACCAUUCCUGUUAUAAUGUGUAGCCACUCCUUGCAUUGCACUACUCUAGCUGGCACCUAGACUUAAAUUUAAGAUUACUCUUUUUGUGUUGUCAACAUAAGCAAUAAAAACUGACUUUGGGCUUCGUA